AUGACCAACCAAGAGUCACUCGAGAGCUACCUGAAUGGGAAUAAGAAGCAGUUAGGUCAGUGCAAGAUGGUGUGGCUGGGUUGUUUGGCAUUGGGAAAGCGGAUUGGGAAUGGAGAACCCGAGCUGGAGGGGCCAAAUUUCACCUGGGAGGUGAAGGCCAACGACCGAGCCUAUCACAAGCAGUUCAAGAAGAGAGUUGUCUUCUGCCUGACGAGGAAAAAAUAUGAGGAUAACACCAUCAAGACAGCCAAAUACAAUGCCCUGACGUUCUUGCCACUCAACCUCUAUGAGCAGUUCCAUCGUCUGGCCAACCUCUACUUCCUCUUCGUCAUCCUCUUACAGACCGUUCCUGAAAUCUCCACCCUGCCCUGGUUCACCCUGCUGCUGCCCCUGAGCUGCCUCCUCCUCCUUAGAGGCCUACGGGACCUGAUUGAUGACAUUGCCCGACACCGGAGCGACUGGAUGAUCAACAACAGGCCCUGCGAAAUCUUGGUUGGGAAAAGCUUUAGCUGGAAGAAAUGGCGGGACAUCUGUGUCGGUGACAUCGUCUGCCUGCGCAAGGACAGCUUUGUCCCGGCCGACCUGCUUUUGCUGUCCAGCUCGGAGCCCAGCAGCCUGUGCUAUGUGGAGACAGCGGAUAUCGACGGGGAAACCAACCUGAAGUUCAGACAGGCCCUUCUGGCCACGCACCAGGAGCUGGUGAGCGAGGCGAGCAUGGCUGCCUUUGACGGGAAAGUGACCUGCGAGGAGCCCAACAGCCGCAUGCACAGCUUCAUCGGCACGCUGGAGUGGAGGGGUGAGAAGUACUCGCUGGAUACUGAGAAGAUCUUGCUGCGAGGCUGCAGGAUACGCAACACUGAGACCUGCUAUGGCCUCGUUAUCUAUGCGGGGUUGGAUUCCAAAAUUAUGAAAAACUGCGGGAAGAUCAAGAUGAAGAAAACCAAGCUGGACCGCUUGAUGGACAGACUGGUGAUCUUAAUCUUCGUGAUGCUGGUCUUUACAUCAUUCUGUCUUGCCUUUGCUGCCGGAUUCUGGGCCGUGAAGUUCCACGUGGAACACAGCUACCUCUCCGCUUUGUAUGUCGGCACAAGCCCUGCCGAGCAAGCCUUUUUCACCUUCUGGGGAUUCAUGAUCCUUCUGAGCAUCAUCGUCCCGAUGUCCAUGUACAUAACUUUUGAAUUCGUCUACAUGGUGAACAGCUAUUUUAUUGACUGGGACCUGGAGAUGUAUUACCCUGCAAAGGACAUGCCGGCAAAAGCCAGAAGCACCAGCCUUAAUGACCAGCUUGGCCAGAUUGAGUACAUCUUCUCGGACAAGACGGGUACCUUAACGCAGAACAUUAUGACCUUCAAGAAAUGUUGCAUCAACGGGAUCAUCUAUGGUACCUCUGAGUGGAAGCAGGUUUCUAUGGGUUCUUGGGGGAGGCUGACGUUGAAGAGUUGUGAGAAAGCCAGCAUGAGCUGGAACCCCUAUGUGGACAGGACGGCCGAGUUUCACGACCCUGCACUCCUGGAGACCGUCCUGCAGAAUGACGAUCCAGUGGUGAGGGAGUUCCUGAGGCUGCUGGCCCUCUGCCACACCGUCAUGGUGGAGGAGAAAGACACGGGCCAGCUGGUUUACCAGGCGGCUUCGCCGGACGAAGAGGCCCUGGUGACGGCAGCCAGGAACCUCGGGUACGUCUUCCUCUCCAGGACACAGGACACCAUCACCCUCAGUGAGCUGGGCAUGGAGCGGACAUACAGCAUGCUGGCCAUGCUGGACUUCAACAGCGUCCGCAAGAGGAUGUCCAUCCUGGUGAGGGACCCCGAGGGGAAGAUCCGGCUCUACACGAAGGGGGCGGACAUGUUGAUCCUAGAGAGGCUGCGUGAAGAUGGGCCUGCCACGGCUUUCACCCAGCUGGCCCUGGAUAGUUUCGCAGAGGAGACCCUGAGGACCUUGUGCCUGGCCAGCAAGGAGGUGAAGGAGGAGGACUACGCUGAGUGGAGCAAGAAACACCAUGAGGCCAGCGUCUUGCUGCAGAACCGUGCCCAAGAGCUGGACAAAGUGUACGAGGAGAUCGAGCAGGAUCUCCAGCUCCUUGGAGUCACGGCCAUUGAGGAUAAGUUGCAAGACGGGGUCCCCGACACCAUCCAGCUGCUAAAAAAGGGGAACAUUAAAGUGUGGGUGCUGACUGGAGAUAAACAAGAGACAGCGGUGAACAUCGGCUUCGCCUGCCGGCUGCUCACGGACAACAUGCAGAUCCUGGAGGAGAAGGAGAUCUGUGAGAUGCUGGAAGCCUGUUGGGUGAGCAACAACAACCUGGGCAGCAGCGGGGAACGCCUCUGCCAGUUCCAGCAGCACUCGGGGGUCUUGCACCAGGGGAAGAUGGCCUUAGUCGUCACCGGGGACUUCCUGGAGAAAGUCCUGGGCACUGGGGAGAAGGUGAAGAGGAAGGAAAGUUUCUGGGCGCGGCUGGCCUGCUGCAAGGCUCAGGCGCAGCCGGUGGCAGACAGCUCGGUGGAGAAGGCCUUUGUAGACCUGGCCACCAGCUGCCAGGCCGUGAUCUGCUGCAGAGUCACCCCCAAGCAGAAAGCGCUGGUAGUGCAGCUGGUGAAGAGACACCGGAGCGCCAUCACGCUGGCCAUCGGGGACGGAGCCAACGAUGUGAACAUGAUCAAGACGGCUGACAUUGGGGUUGGAAUUAGCGGGCAGGAGGGGAUGCAGGCUGUCCAGUGCAGCGACUACGCCCUGGCCCAGUUCCGCUAUCUGCAGCGGCUGCUGCUUGUGCAUGGCCGGUGGUCCUACCUGCGCAUCUGCAAGUUCCUCCGCUACUUCUUCUACAAGACCUUUGCCGCCAUGAUGGUGCAGAUCUGGUUCGCUUUCUACAGCGGCUUCACGGCCCAGCCUUUGUACGAGGGCUGGUUCCUUGCACUCUACAACGUGUUCUACACCGCCUACCCUGUGCUUUCCAUGGGACUGAUGGAACAGGACGUGAGCGCGGAGAAGAGCCUGCAACUCCCCGAGCUGUACAAAGUGGGCCAGAGAGAUGAGCUCUUCAACUACCGGGUCUUCUGCGUGACCCUCCUCCACGGCACCAUCACCUCCUUGGGGAGCUUCUUCAUUGCUCUGUGGGCCUUCGAAGACAGGGUCGGCAGCAGGGUCGUUGGCGAUUACCAGUCCUUCGCCGUAACAGUGGCCACCUCGGCCUUCCUGUCAGUCGUUGCUGAGAUCAUGAUGGACAUUAAGUACUGGACCAUUCUGACCUUCCUGACCAUCGCAGGCAGCCUGAUCUUCUUCUGCCUCUUCUCCUUCUUCACCCAAAAUUUUCUAGCCUUCAGAGAAGCCCCUACCAUAUUCCGCUUUCUGGAUGCCUCCCAGAACGCCCUGACCGACCCGUACGUCCUGGCCAUCGUCCUGCUGUGCGUGGUGGUGAACACCAUCCUCUCCCUCACCAUCCGCCUGCUCCGCGUUAUCACAGGCACCGGCACCAUUCAGGAUAAGAUUGGCUCCAGGGACAUACGGGUGGUGGAGAGCACCGUGGAGCUGAAGUCGCACUUCCGCAGGGGCUCCUUGCAGCGGCGCUCCAGCUACGCCUUCUCCCACAAGGAAGGCUACGCCGACCUCAUUACCAGGGGCGCCAGUCUGCGGGUGAAGGACUCCAGGAGCCGAGGCCCAGUGAAUGCCGGCAGCUACCAGAGCAUCCUGCUGCCCACCAGGGAGGGAGCAGGUUCAAGCCCCAGUGUUUUCCUAAAGGAAUACAAUUAA